AACCAUGGAGCAUCUUGUUUCCCUUGGCCUGAAUGAACAGAAGAUUAAGGAAACGCUUAAAAAUGCAGCUCUUACCGCCACGAUUACACGUGCCUUCUCGUAUAUUCCGCCGGGUGUUGAACUGAAUGCUGCCCAAAAGCCACUAAUAUUCCAGGCUUGUUCGAAAGUAAAGCCGCAGAGUGCUCAAUUUUUGGAACUGAUUGUUAGAAAAAUCUUGGACAACAGUCUGGACACGAGUUUGCGAGUGGACACGGCCCUCGAAUAUGUGCUAGCUAACGUCACAAAAGCCACGUUCGACGAAGCUGAUUUCAACCGAGCGUGCGGUGUGGGGGUAGUGGUAACGCCGGAAGAAAUCGAAAGGGCUGUCGAGACAACUAUUGCAAAAUAUCGGGACGAUAUCGUUCAACAGCGUUACCGGUAUAAUGUCGGUAAGUUGCUUGUCGAACUACGCGCCGCUCUACCGUGGGUCGACGGGAAAGCGCUGAAGAGCGAAGUUGAUGUUCAGAUAUUUGAUUUACUCGGCCCCAAGACGGUAGCAGACGAAGAAAAGGUUGUCAAAAAACGACGUGAACCGCAGGCUGUGACCGUGCCGUCAAAGGAAAGUUCUGUUGUUGAGGCACCAAUUGGCAGUAACCGAACGGAAGGUCCUCGAACGAUGGUCGAUCUCAUGCGUAACGUAGACUUUCAUCGUCCGGGCGAGAAUUUUAAAACGGAUGGAUAUGUUGUUACUCCUGAAACUGAGCGUUUGUUGAAAGAGCACCUGCAACGUACUGGCGGCAAAGUGCGCACACGCUUCCCACCUGAGCCCAACGGAAUUCUUCACAUCGGUCACGCCAAAGCAAUCAACAUCAACUUUGCGUAUGCAGCUGCGAAUGAUGGAGUUUGUUUUCUUCGCUAUGAUGACACUAACCCGGAAAAGGAAGAGGAAAAGUUUGUGACGGGUAUACGGGACAUCGUCGAAUGGCUCGGGUACAAACCUUACAAAAUUACCUAUUCGUCCGAUUACUUCCAAGAGCUGUACGAAUUUGCCGUGCAGCUGAUAAAGAAGGAUAUGGCAUACGUGUGCCAUCAAACUGCCGAGCAAAUGAAGGGUUUCACUACGGAACCCUCAAAAUGGCGCAAUCGUCCGAUUGCCGAAAGCCUGCAGCUCUUCGAAGACAUGAAGAAUGGAAAGAUAGACGAGGGUGCGGCGACACUGCGCAUGAAAAUUACACUGGAGGAGGGAAAAAUGGAUCCGGUAGCUUACAGGAUCAAGUUUAUUCCACACCACCGAACCGGUACGACAUGGUGUAUCUACCCGACGUACGAUUACACCCAUUGUUUAUGCGACAGCCUGGAGGACAUCACCCACUCCCUGUGCACGAAGGAGUUUCAAUCGAGGCGAUCCUCCUACUAUUGGCUGUGCAAUGCGUUGAACAUAUACUGUCCCGUACAGUGGGAAUAUGCACGACUCAACGUGAACUACACGGUCGUUUCAAAGCGCAAAAUUAACAAACUCAUCACUGAGAAUAUUGUCAAUGAUUGGGAUGAUCCGAGAUUAUUCACACUGUCGGCUUUGCGACGCAAGGGAUAUCCGGCCGAGGCGAUAAAUAAUUUCUGUGCCCAAAUGGGUCUGACCGGGGCUCAAACGUCCAUUGAUCCUGCUGCCCUCGAAGCGUCCGCCAGAGAUGUAUUGAAUCUAACUGCACCACGCACAAUGGCUGUGCUAGAACCGAUGAAGAUCACGAUACUGAACUAUCCUCAUGAAGGACCGAUUCAAAUUUCGGUCGCCGAUUUUCCAAACAUGUCCGAAAAAGGGACGCAUAUGGUUUGGUUCGACCGCGUGGUUUAUAUUGAGUGUUCCGAUUUCAUGGAAAAUGCUGAUAAAUCCUUCCGUCGUUUGACACCAGGGCAGCCGGUUGGAUUGAAAUACAUUGGCUCCAUGCUCCGGGUGGAAAGUAUCGUGCGCAACUCUAACUCUAUCGAAGAAUUAGUAUGCCGGAUCGAGCCAUGUACAGCAACUGAAAAACCGAAGGCCUACAUACAUUGGGUAAGCAAACCAAUAGCGGUGGAGGUACGUUUGUAUGAGAAAUUGUUCAUACACAAAAACCCGGAAGAUAGUACUGAUGUGCCAGGUGGAUUUUUAAGUGAUUGUGCUACGGACACAAUUCGUACGGUAUGUGGAUACGUUGAUGCUCAUGUGAUCAACUCGAAAGUGUACGAUAAGUUUCAAUUUGAACGCAUUGGUUAUUUUUCCGUUGAUCCUGACAGUAGAGAUGAUAAACUAGUUUUCAAUCGUACCGUCACGUUAAAGGAGGACACGGGCAAAAUGAACUAG